AUGACGACAAAUCUCCCAGCAACCCCUCUCCUCCCCGACGAACAGAAGCUAGCCACCGACGGCGCUAAUUGGGCCAACUUUGAAGAGAUCAUGAUCAGCAUGGCGAGAGGACGUGGUGUGGAUGGUUACCUGUUUGGGACCGUUCUGAACCCAACCGCCUUCGUUGCGUCCAGUGCUGGAUAUACCCCUCUGAACGCCACUACACCUUCUCCGGACGAAUACAUGUUACGAGAUGGAUGGGUAGCAGCGAUGCUCUAUCAGAACAUCAAGGACCCACGGUCGCAUGAUCUGAAGGGGUCAGACUCAGCAAACCUCAUCUGGACGACCCUCGUCAGCAAGUUCAAUAGAAGCACCGAGCUGUUGGUGGGCUUGAAGAUGGAGCGAUUGCACACGCUGGAGCUGAAAGACCCCCGGUACCUGAUGUCCCAUAUUGACGAGCUAGUGAAACGCCGCGCGGAAGUGCACGACAUCGGUGGAAGCGUCCCUGACCCGCUGAUGUGUACAAUCAUCUUAUCAUCGCUGCCAAAAGAAGAGUUCAGAACGUCACUGAUUGCCCUCCAAAUACACAAAGUGGUGGCUCACAUAGUGCAACAUCUACGCGAAUGGUGGGACUUGGUUUGGAAGAAGCGAGUGGAGGAGGAGGGAGCAUCAGCGAACGCCUUGGGCGCCGUGACAAACGACUCACUCUGCGAGAACUGUGGGGUCAGUGGACAUAACCAACGGGCGUGCUGGGCUCGGGGUGGAGGCAAAGAAGGACAGGCCCCUGGGUGGUGGAAACCACCCCGUGGAAAGGAACCCGCACUGGGACUCGUUCAGGCCCACCGUCAAGCCAGAGAAAACCGCCGAAACCACGCACAGCCAUACGUAAACCACCAAAUUGCCGCCGCACAAGCUCCAGAAUCGCCGCCGACCACUGCCUAUGCCAGUCCGAUGGCUACGUACGUCCUUGCCGCCGAAACGCAUGACGACGGUAUGUCGUCAGGACUGGGCGAACCAUACCGCACAUCUAACAAACCGUUCAGAAUGGGACGUGGAAGGUCACACCCUACUGUUCUGAAUGGGGAGUUUGGGCAGGAAGGGGAACCUGUAGUCUAUGCGACAUCAGCCGUACAGAGUAAAGCAAAUCAAAUUCCUACCUUUCUUGACUCUGGGGUGUCGGAACAUUGCAUCGUGGAUCGAGCCAAAUUUGUGACAUAUCACGAAACAGCCGGGGUCCAAGGUCAGACUGCAGUAAAGUCGGGAGGUCAAUUCAGGAUAGCUGGGCAUGGGGAAGCCGAAAUCAUUGUUCGUCUGGAGAGAGGUCAGGUACACCGGCUCAGAUUCCACACCUUACACACACCGGACUUCCGCAUGAACCUACUAUCAAUCACCACCCUGGAUGCGCGCGGGCUGAAAGGUUCGUGGGGCAACGGAACCUUGAGUGUCGUGAAUCGCCAAGGGGUCGAGGUGCUCACUGGGCGGAUCGCAAGCGGAAGCGGGAGCGGUCGCAAGCUAUAUGCGGUUGAUGUGGUGGACGAAAAGCUAGUGGCACCCACAACAGUGGCAAUCACGGGGAGAAAUCGGAAGCAGCCCACCUCCAUGGAGAACUGGCACCGGCAACUGGGGCAUGCCGACAUCCGGAUGAUCCAAAGAAUGGCAACGAGAGGGUUUGUCGAAGGCCUAGACAUCACAAAGGGCGAAGUGCGGGGAAUGUGCCAGGAUUGCAUUCUCGGAAAGCAAGAUCGAGCCCCGUUUGAUGACGAAGUCGUCCACGAGAACAAUGCACUGGAACGCGUCCACCUCGACCUGUGGGGAAGAGCUCGGACACCAAGCUGGGGAGGAGCAGUGUACCUACUGUUAAUCUCGGAUGGGGGAACCAGCAUGAAGUUCCCCGUAUUCCUGGCAGACAAGCGCAAGGAGACCGUCCUCAAGGCUUUCGCGGCAUGGGUGACGGAAGCUGAGGUUCAAACGGAACGGAAGCUAAAGGUUGUCCGAGUUGACCUUGGGAGCGAUGUCUGCUGGGUGAAGGACUUGGACGAACGGGAAGGGAAGCUGGGUCGCCAAGGGUGGGAAGGCCAAAUGGUCUUCGAAGUCAGAAACGUCAUAUUCGAGGAGGGGGAAGCUCACCGUACAAGCGGAGCAGAGCCCACCAGCGACAACACAAACGUUAUGUCCACUGACGAAGACCGUAUAGCUGAACAGCCAACUGGGGAAGGCGAGGACGGACCACCGAACAUGAGCGACACAGUCCCAGAGCAAGACGCAGCGAAUGGUCAGACCAACAAGCACGAUUCGAUUACAAACGUACCUCCGAUCCCCAGAAAGACGAGUCGGAUACCAAAACCCAGUCGGAAGAUGCUAGAGAGCCGAAUCGCGAGAAGGGAAGAGGCAGAGGCAAGACGUGCGAACGAAGACUGGGCGCGGGACUCAAUUCGACCGAGCGUGAACUUUGUAGACCUGGAAGGGGACACCUUCGACGAAGACUCGUUUACAACCCCGAUGGCACUGGCUAGCGCAACGAGAGGUAGACUCCCAAGGUCAGGGGCAGAAGCGUUGAAGGAACCGGAGAUCUGGGGGGAACCUAUGAAGGAAGAGAUUUGGAAGGCCACACCGGAGGAGCCCAGUGGCCAGGCCAGUGCCGGGCCAGCCAGUGGAGACAUUGGAGGCAAGGACCAAUGCCCAACUGGGAAGAGGGGUGGUGCGGAUGAGCGCAAGGGCAUCUGGUACGAGCCUGUACGGCAGUAG